GUCCCGAGCGGAUCCGUGAGAGAGCUUAUUUUAGGAUUGUUUUUUUCGUUACAAAAACAAAACCCUACGAGUUUAUUUUGUUGGCGUUUCGUUGGAUAAUCUGAUCUGUGCUUAGGCUUGGAAGAAGGAAAGAAAACGAUUUAAUUACGAGCAAGCUUAGCUAAUUCAGGGUGAUUAGCAUCGUUUUGUGAAAUACGUGUGUUUGUCGAUCAUCUUCGGGAGUUUCUUCAAUCACCGCACUUCUACUUUAGUUAAGUGUGAUUGGCUGGCCGCGUGGUGACGUAUCGUGACGUCAGCGAUGAGUCACUUGCGAUUGGCUGGAGCCAUUGCGGUACUCCCACCCCUACCUGAGCACAGAUUACAGAGUUCCCGAGAAGUCCACAUGAGAGCUCUGAGUGAGCUCCAGAGUGCUGCCUCCCGUCUGCCACACCCAGAAGUAGUGUACGGCGCCAUGAUCCCCGAACCAGACUACAGCGACGACGAGAGGGAGACCCAGCCGGCCAGCGUCAGCAGUAUGGUCGCUAGGAACAAUAAAGUGAACACAAACAACAGCAACAACAAGGAACAGGAGAAGGGCCAGCACCCGGCCUCGGAACGGCUGGACGGUCGCGGCCUCAUCAUGCCCAAGAAGCUAGUCAACCCCUGCCUCGAAUCGUCAGACAAAAUGAAUCUCCACAGAGAACUCAAAUUUAACCAGAAGAUGGGUGUGAAUGUGCUAAACCAGAAAACAGAGCUGCAGAAGGCCAUGGAGAAACACAAUGACAAGAAGGUGUUAAGGGAACAGCAGGAGAAAAAGCAAGCUGAAAUGACUCCCUUCCAAAAGGCAUUAGAUGAGAGAGCUCAAAAAAUAGAACAGAUGGAGAAAGCCGAAAAGGGCAACGUGGAGAAUGAGCAGGCGCCAUCUUGCGAAUUCCAGAAGAUCCACGCCAAAGUUCGAGCCAAAAUGGAAGUCCAGUAAAGACUGGAUUAUGAAUUCUUUGAAUCUGUUAUAACUUGGUCAAAUAUGACAUAAAAAUCUAUUUAGAAAUAUUAAAGAUAAUUAAUAAUUUAAAACAUGUGAAAUAUCAAGUAUACUAAAACCAGUGUUAUUGUGAACAUAUUGAGAAAAAAACAAAACAAAAACCAAGGUUUGUUUUAUUAGUAUAAAGGUAUACUAUGCUAGAAUGUAUUUAGUUAUCAUUGAUACAGCCCAGAGAGCUUUCACACUUUUUUUUUUUUUGUCAUCCAUAUAUUCAUCUCAUGUAAAGAUCUCGCGGAUCUCAUAAAUUUUCAUAGGAUUAUGGGAUUUUUUCCAACUAACUCAUUCAUCACAUAUACAGACACAUCUUCCUUCUUCCUUCUUCCUUCUUGAAAGUGAAAAAUAGAUUUAAAAGUUAAGAAAAAAAAACAGUAGGGCGGGAACACCAUAUGAAGUGACCAAAACUUUGAAACAGAAUAACUGACAAAAUAAAUCAAUCAUAGUUCCAUCUUGUUACCGAUCAAUAAUCAAAAUGUCAGGUGAUGCCCCAACACAUGUCAUAUCAUAUAUAUAAAUACAUAUUAAUACAUUAGGUACAUCUGCCCAUCCUUCAGUCCCCCCUGUGACAAUAAUCAUAAACCGAGAUAGGAUAUUAGGGUAACUGAAAUGUCUAUUUUCCUUACCCAUCUCACAAUAGCUGUACAAUGUCUUGACACUCACAAAUGUAUGAUGCCUUUAACACACAUUAGUCUAAGAUGUUUAUUACUUUUGUGAAAGUAGGUUUAAAGUAACUCAUUUGUUAUUUUCCCUCAGAAUGUCAAGCAUAUGGGAAAGGUAGACACAAUUAUAUUUACCUUUUUGUCUUCAGGUCUCCUGUGCAUGACAUUUCCUUGUAUCUUUGCUUAAGUUAACAUCUGCUGAGGAAAAACAACAUUGUUUCAUUUUUUUUUUUUUCUUCAUCACUAAUAUUUGCUGUUUAUAUUAGGGUAAGAGAAUGUACAAGUGUAGAAAUAAAUAAAUAUGAUUUUAUA